GCUCAGCCUCCACAGAACUUCCUUUCUUGCAUCCGUAUUUUUCUCCUCCUCACUUUCGCGGGCUCCGGGCAGGUCUUGGGGAACAAGGAGAGCGCGGGGCAGGGCCAGGGCGCCCGCGCCGGGCGAGUCGCUCGGCCGGGGCCGGGGGCCCGAACGCGCGCGGCGAGCGGCGUGGACUUGGGCCGCGAUGGCGUGGGCCUGGCUCAGGUGGGGGCUCCUGCUCUGGGCAGGACUGCUCGCGUCGUCGGCGCACGGCCGGGUGAGGAGGAUCACGUACUUGGUGCGCCCGGGCCCCGGCCUGGCAGCGGGCGCCUUGCCUCUGGGUGGGCCCCCGCGUCCGCGGACCUUCAACGUCGCGCUCAACGCCAGGUACAGCCGCAGUUCUGCGGGCGCCGGCGCCCCUCUGGAGCGGACCCGGCGCACCAGCAAGCCCGGAGGCGCGGCCCUGCAGGGGCUCCGGCCGCCGCCCGAGCCGGCGCGUCCCGGGGGCCCCGGGGGGCAGCCACAGCCUAAGCCCGGCGGUCACCCGGCGGCCGCCCCGUUCGCCAAACAAGGCAGGCAAGUGGUGCGCUCCAAAGUGCCGCAGGAGACUCGGAGCGGCGGGGGCUCUCGGCUGCAGGUUCAGCAGAAGCAGCAGCUGCAGGGGGUGAAUGUCUGUGGAGAGCAGUGCUGCCAUGGCUGGAGUAAGGCCCCUGGCUCCCAGAGAUGCACCAAACCAAACUGUGUUCCGCCAUGCCAGAAUGGAGGGAUGUGUCUCCGACCUCAACUCUGUGUGUGCAAGCCAGGGACAAAGGGCAAAGCCUGUGAGACAACAGCCAUUCAAGAUACCUUGUCCACUGCAGUCUCUGGAGGGCAGGACCCCGGGGCUGCUUCCAGUUUGGUCUCUCCUGAGCAAGCAUCAAAGCACACUUCAUCUAAGAAGGUAGACACUCUACGAAGAGUCAGCCCUGUGGCCCAGAUGACCCUGACCCUCAAGCCAAAGCCUUCAGUAGGACUCUCCCAGCAGAUACAUUCUCAAAUGACGCCCCUUUCCUCACAGAAUGUGAUGAUUCAUCAUGGCCAGACCCAGGAAUACGUGAUGAAGUCCAAGUACUUUCCUGCCCAGAAGGUGAUUUCGGGAGAGCAGUCCACUGAAGGCUCAUUCCCCUUAAGCUAUGGGCAGGAUCCAGGAGUGGCACCUUUCCAGUUGAGUAACCACACUGGCCGCAUCAAGGUGGUCUUUACUCCGAGCAUCUGUAAAGUGACCUGCACCAAGGGCAGCUGUCAGAACAGCUGUGAGAAGGGGAAUACCACCACUCUCAUUAGUGAGAAUGGUCACGCUGCCGACACACUGACGGCCACGAACUUCCGAGUGGUAAUUUGCCAUCUUCCAUGUAUGAAUGGUGGCCAGUGCAGUUCAAGGGACAAAUGCCAGUGCCCUCCAAACUUCACAGGGAAGCUUUGUCAGAUCCCAGUCCACGCAGCUGGUGUGCCUAAACCUUAUCAGCAGUCCCAGCAGUCAGGCAAGGCGUUGGGAACACGUGUUGUCCACUCUACACAUACUUUGCCUCUGACCAUGACUAGCCAGCAAGGAGUCAAAGUGAAAUUCCCUCCCAACAUUGUCAAUAUCCAUGUGAAGCACCCUCCUGAGGCUUCAGUCCAGAUACAUCAGGUUUCUAGAAUCGAUGGCCCGACAGGCCAGAAGGUGAAAGAAACUCAACCAGGGCAAUCUCAAAUGCCUCAUCAAGAGCACCCCGUUCAGAAGACCCAGACAGUACAUUCCACAUACUCCCACCAGCAGGUCAUUCCUCACAACUAUCCUGUAACUGCUAAGACACAACUUGGCCGGUGCUUCCAGGAAACCAUUGGAUCACAGUGUGGCAAACCGCUCCCUGGCCUGUCAAAGCAAGAAGACUGCUGUGGGACCGUAGGCACCUCCUGGGGCUUUAAUAAAUGCCAGAAAUGCCCCAAGAAGCCUGCUUAUCAGGGGUAUAACCAAAUGAUGGAAUGUCUGCAAGGUUAUAAGCGCGUUAACAACACCUUUUGUCAAGAUAUUAAUGAAUGCCAGCUACAAGGGGUGUGCCCUAAUGGUGAGUGUUUGAAUACCAUGGGCAGCUAUAGAUGUACCUGCAAAAUUGGAUUUGGGCCAGAUCCUACCUUUUCGAAUUGCAUUCCGGAUACCCCUGUGAUUUCUGAAGAGAAAGGGCCCUGUUACCGACUUGUCAGUUCCGGAAGGCAGUGUAUGCACCCUCUGUCUGUACACCUCACCAAGCAGCUCUGCUGUUGUAGUGUUGGCAAAGCCUGGGGCCCACACUGUGAGAAAUGUCCCCUUCCAGGCACAGCUGCUUUUAAGGAAAUCUGUCCUGGUGGAAUGGGUUAUACAGUUUCUGGCGUUCAUAGACGCAGGCCAAUCCAUCACCAUGUAGGUAAAGGACCUGUAUUUGUCAAGCCAAAGAACACUCAACCUGUUGCUAAAAGUACUCAUCCUCCACCUCUCCCAGCCAAGGAAGAGCCAGUGGAGGCCCUGACCUUCUCCCAGGAACACAGGCCAGGAGUGGCGGAGCCAGAAGUGGCAACUGCACCACCUGAGAAGGAAAUACCUUCAUUGGAUCAAGAGAAAACCAAACCUGAAUCUGGUCAACCCCAGCUCUCUCCAGGGGUUUCAACUAUUAACCUGCACCCACAAUUUCCAGUAGUGAUUGAGAAAACAUCACCUCCUGUGCCAGUAGAAGUAGCUCCUGAAGCUUCUACGUCAAGUGCCAGCCAAGUGAUUGCACCUACUCAAGUAACUGAAAUCAACGAAUGUACUGUGAACCCUGAUAUCUGUGGAGCAGGUCACUGCAUUAACCUGCCAGUGAGGUACACCUGUAUAUGUUACGAAGGCUACAGGUUCAUUGAGCAACAGAGGAAAUGUGUGGAUAUCGAUGAGUGUACUCAGGUCCAGCACCUCUGCUCCCAGGGACGCUGUGAAAACACUGAGGGAAGUUUCUUGUGUAUUUGCCCAGCAGGAUUUAUGGCCAAUGAGCAGGGCACUAACUGCAUAGAUGUUGAUGAGUGCUUGCGGCCAGAUGUAUGUGGGGAAGGGCACUGCGUCAACACCAUGGGGGCCUUCCAGUGUGAAUACUGCGACAGUGGGUACCGCAUGACCCUCACAGGCAAUUGCGAGGAUAUUAAUGAAUGUUUGACUCCAAGUACUUGCCCAGAUGAGCAGUGUGUGAAUUCUCCAGGAUCCUAUCAGUGCAUUCCAUGCACAGAAGGAUUCAGAGGCUGGAAUGGACAAUGCCUUGAUGUGGAUGAAUGCCUGGAACCAAACGUCUGCAUAAAUGGUACUUGUUCCAACCUUGAAGGCUCUUACAUGUGUUCAUGCCACCAAGGCUACAGCCCAACUCCGGACCGCAAGCACUGUAAAGAUAUCGAUGAAUGCCAGCAAGGGAAUCUAUGCAUAAGUGGGCAAUGUAAAAACACCGAGGGCUCCUUCAGGUGUACUUGUGGGCAGGGGUAUCAGCUGUCAGCAGCGAAAGACCAGUGUGAAGAUAUUGAUGAAUGCCAGCACCGUCAUCUCUGCACUAAUGGGCAGUGUAGGAACACAGAGGGGUCCUUCCGGUGUGUUUGUGACCAGGGUUACAGAGCAUCUGCCCUUGGAGACCGUUGUGAAGAUAUCAACGAAUGCCUGGAGGACAGUCAUAUUUGCCAGGGAGGAGACUGCAUUAACACGGCAGGGUCUUAUAAUUGUACUUGUCCAAAUGGAUUCCAGCUAAAUGACAAUAAAAGAUGUCAAGAUAUGAAUGAAUGUGAACAACCGGAGCUCUGUGGUCCUUAUGGGGAGUGUCUAAACACAGAUGGCUCUUUUCAGUGUGUCUGUGAGCAGGGGUUCUCCAUCUCUGCAGAUGGCACCACAUGUGAAGAUAUUAAUGAAUGUGUAAACAACACUGUUUGUGACAGUCACGGGUUUUGUGAUAAUACGGCUGGCUCCUUCCGCUGCCUUUGUUAUCAGGGCUUUCAGGCCCCACAGGAUGGGCAAGGGUGUGUGGAUGUGAACGAAUGUGAACUGCUCAGUGGCGUGUGUGGCGAAGCCUUCUGUGAAAACGUGGAGGGGUCCUUUCUGUGUGUUUGCGCAGAUGAAAACCAGGAGUAUAGCCCCAUGACUGGUCAGUGCCGCUCCCGGGCCCCUGAAGAUUUAGAUGUAGAUCAACCGGAAGAAGAAAAGAAAGAAUGCUACUAUAAUCUAAAUGACGCCAGUCUCUGUGAUAACGUCCUGGCCCCCAAUGUCACGAAACAGGAGUGCUGCUGUACCUCUGGUGCUGGGUGGGGUGAUAACUGUGAGAUCUUCCCCUGUCCGGUUUUGGGGACUGCUGAAUUCACUGAAAUGUGUCCUAAGGGGAAAGGUUUUGUCCCCACUGGAGAAUCCGCUCAUGGAGUUGGUGGCCAGAACUAUAAAGAUGCGGAUGAAUGCUCACUCUUUGGACAAGAAAUCUGCAAAAAUGGCUUCUGUUUGAACACUCAGCCUGGUUAUGAAUGCUACUGUAAGCAAGGGACAUACUAUGACCCUGUUAAAUUACAAUGCUUUGAUAUGGAUGAAUGUCAGGACCCCAGCAGUUGUAUUGAUGGCCAGUGUGUUAAUACAGAAGGUUCUUAUAACUGUUUCUGUACCCAUCCAAUGGUCCUGGAUGCUUCAGAAAAGAGAUGUAUACAGCCAGCUGAAUCAAACGAACAAAUUGAAGAAACCGAUGUCUACCAAGAUCUGUGCUGGGAACAUCUAAGUGAUGAGUAUGUGUGUAGCCGACCACUUGUUGGCAAGCAGACGACCUACACAGAGUGUUGCUGUUUAUAUGGAGAGGCCUGGGGCAUGCAGUGUGCCCUCUGCCCCAUGAAAGAUUCAGAUGACUAUGCCCAGCUGUGUAACAUUCCCGUUACGGGACACCGGCGGCCAUAUGGACGGGAUGCCUUGGUUGACUUCAGUGAGCAGUAUGCUCCAGAAGCCAAUCCCUACUUCACUCAAGACCCCUUUCUAAAUAGCUUUGAGGAGUUACAGGCUGAGGAAUGUGGCAUCCUCAAUGGGUGUGAGAAUGGCCGCUGUGUGAGGGUGCAGGAGGGUUACACCUGUGAUUGCUUCGAUGGCUAUCACUUGGAUAUGACCAAGAUGACCUGUGUCGAUGUAAACGAGUGCGACGAGUUGAACAACCGGAUGUCUCUCUGCAAGAAUGCCAAGUGCAUUAACACAGAAGGUUCCUACAAGUGUUUGUGUCUGCCAGGCUACGUACCUUCUGACAAGCCAAACUACUGCACCCCGUUGAAUACUGCCAUGAAUUUAGAAAAGGACAGUGAUGUAGAGUAAAAGAGAAUCUACAUAACCUAAGCCCAUAUACUCUGCACUGUGUAAAGGAAAAGGGAGAAUUGUAUUAUACUUGAGACACUGCAUCUAACCCUGAAUGUUGGAAAUAUGGAAACAGCAUGGAGUUCGCAUCCUUAGAAGAAAAGGAGAGGAUUUAGUAUGAGCCUGACUCAUGCGGCAGACCAAAUGACAUUUCUCUGAAGAACCAGUAUAGGUAGUCUGUUCAUAUGUAAAAUUCAGUGGAUAUGAGGGGGAACAGUGCUGUUAUUUCAAACAGAAAGUUGUAUUAUUGUGUUGUUUUCAUUUUUAUUAUAGCUUGAUUAAAUCUGGCAGUUAAACAGUG